AUGAGCAAGUACGGCGUGAUGGUCAUGGGCCCCGCCGGGGCCGGCAAGGUGAGUCCUUCUCCUCCGUCCCUGUGUCUCAUCGCCGUCCCGUCCCAUCACACCCUUCCGUGCCGAAACUCGGCCUCGGCCGUGAAAGGCCGGGCGGCGCCUCUCCCCGUCCCCGUCUCCGUCCCCAAAUCCACCUUCUGCGCCUCCCUCAUCACCCACCUCAACCUCAACCGCCGCUCCGCCUUCUACGUCAACCUCGACCCGGCCGCCGAGUCCUUCGAGCACGCCCCGGACCUCGACAUCAAGGACCUCAUCUCCCUCCACGACGCCAUGGAGGAGGUCGGCCUUGGCCCCAACGGCGGCCUCAUCUACUGCUUCGAGUUCCUCAUGGAGAACCUCGACUUCCUCACCGAGGCCCUCGACAGCCUGACCGAGGAGUACCUCAUCAUCUUCGACAUGCCCGGCCAGAUCGAGCUCUACACCCACAUCCCCAUCCUCCCCGCCCUCGCCCGCUACCUCUCCAACCCGGGCAACCUCGACAUCCGCCUCUGCGCCACCUACCUCCUCGAGGCCACCUUCGUCGUCGACCGCGCGAAAUUCUUCGCCGGCACCCUCUCCGCCAUGUCCGCCAUGAUUAUGCUCGAGAUCCCCCACCUCAACGUCCUCUCCAAGAUGGACCUCGUCAAGGACCAGGUCCGCAAGAAGGACCUCAAACGCUUCCUGACACCCGACACGGGCCUGCUGGACGACGACCCCGUCACCGCCGCCGCGGGCCCCGCCGAGCUCGACGACGGCCGCGGCGACGUCCACGACAGGGACCUCGUCAUGCGCGGCAAGAGCUUCCAGAGGCUGAACAAGGCCGUCGCCGGCCUCAUCGAGAGCUUCAGCAUGGUCAACUACCUCAAGCUGGACGUGACGGACGAGGAGAGCGUCGGCGCCAUCCUCAGCUACAUCGACGACAUCAUCCAGUACCACGAGGCGCAAGAGCCGAAGGAGAUGCACGACGACGAGUUCGAGCCGCAGGACGACGAAUAA